AUGUGCACUCGCUCUCUCGCGCCGCGCGUGCACAAGCCGCCCGGGACCCCAGAGCGUGCUAACCGGGUGGCGCUGCUGAGGCGGUUGGUUGCUCAGAGGUGGAGUUGGCGCCAUGUCGGUCCGGGAAUUGAUGGUGCUGCUGUGGUGGUGGAGCAGCUGCGGCUCCGCACUGUGGAGGAUGAAGAGUCACGCAACCUGCAUGUGGAUAAUUCUCAUGUUUGCUUCAUGUGGUAUUAUACAGUUGCAGACGUUUAUGAAAAUUUAACCCAGAUUGUCACUAUAUGGGUAUAUGAUCCAGAAAGUUCCAGCAAAGAAGAAUUGCAGUGGACUGCAACAAGACCUUCACGGCAUUCCUUAAUACUAACGAAGUUGUUGAACACCCUGGGACAGCAACCUUACAUUCACACACUAAUGAAGAAGAAAGUCUACAUCCCAGAUGCCCUAAGUGAAGAUGGAACCUGGGUCGUCCACCUGCCAAUGUCAUCAGAUGACUUAAUGAAGGAGAUUCGAGGAAACAAGGUAGCGUUCCAAGAUUGCUUCAUCUCAAACCUCAAGUUCUUGCUGACAUUUCCUGUGGUCACCAUAGCUGAGAACCCUAAAGAUUUACCACUCAUGCUGCCACAUGGGAGUCCAUUGAUGUCUACCUGGGAUUCCUGCAUCCCUACAUUUGCUGUCCUGGUCACUGACAGGGAAACCUUCCAAACAAAUAAUUCCUUCCAUACCUGGACCAGAAUAAGAGUCCCCCCAGGUAUCCUGAGUGAUGCUGAAAGGCGCAAUGUGAGCGAUGUGGCCCUGUUCAAAAAUGGAAUUAUGUUUCUAAUAAAUGGUGCUAUCUAUCUGAAAACUAGAAAAACAUUUGAAAAACUGGACUCAAGUAAAGGUGUUCCUGAAACCGAAAUUAUUGGCAUUCAAAGAAGAAGAUGGUGCACGGUCAAAUAUUUAUUUAAGAGUGCAAGAAAAAAGAGCCUGUUGGCAAUAUGGACAAGAAGUGAACUUUACCUUGGAUAUUCUGAAUUUAGAUUUAUGAAAAUAAUGGAUAGUUCAAGACUGAAAGAAGCUCUACAGCUGAACCCCUCCGACACCGUAGUAAUACAAAAUGUUGAGUACACAUGGCACCCUCUGGAGCUGGCCCUGAUACUGUACUACUGUUCCUCAUGCUCUACCACCAAACACACUCGCAUGCUGCUGUAUAACGAGGACUCCACAAGGUGGACAAUUCAGGACUUCCAAUUAGAAUUGCCCAUGAGCAGCAAGAUAGUCACGCAUUUUCUCUACUCAGCACUGCCGGAUUUAAUCCUGUGGGAUGCACACAGCGUUUACUAUUAUUACAAAAACUUCACUGUUAGUGGGACUAUGGGAACAACUGGAGGAGAAAAGAAUCUGUCAAAGGUAUCGAGCGGCAGCAAAAUCCACAAUGUCGUCGUAGAUCAUUUUGGGAGUAUUUUGAUAAAAAUGGAAAAUAAUGUAAUGUUCUUUUCCAAGGCUGACAUUACAGAUGCAAUCAAGUUACCUAUAUGGGCAAACAACACAAUAAAGUCAGCCCUUUUCUUCAACAGAUCUUCCAAAGUGUAUCUCGUAUAUUUUAGUGAAAAUUACCUGGUGCAGACACAGGAAUACCCCUUAUUUCUGGAGAUAGAAAGUAGAGUUUACAAUAGCAAUGAUAAAUGCCCAUAUCUGGCAUUUCAACACAAUAUUUUUAGUGAUUUUUACUUUAUUGACAAAGGAGAAACCCUGACAAUUUGGACUCAAAUAGUCUACGCAGAAAAUUUGGGUCUCCAUAUUAUUGUAGAAGAGUAUGGCCCAAAUAUAUUAACCUGGACACAAGACAUCUCCUAUGAGAUUGCCUCAGGACUCUGUACUAAAACUAUGUAUACAACGUUUUUUCAGACCACAAACUACGAGUCAGUAAAUGAUUACUUCAAGCUAGAGGACAAGAACAUGGGUCUCAUGCUUGUUCAAUUCCGGCCUAGUGAAUUUUCAAAAACAUGUCCAAUGGCCAAACAGGUGUUUGAAAUUGCUGUUGGAUGUGAUGCAGAUAAGUACAUUCAGGUUAAAGGAUUUAAUAGAACUGAAUGUCAUCGCCGUGAUUUUUCUUAUAUGAUUGACAAGGAAUAUCUGAGAGAUAGUCCACCUGAAAAUAUGAAAGUCAGGUAUGAUGUGGGAAAAUAUGGCUGCCCUCAGAGACUUGAAUUCAAUGAUCCAUUUCACCCUGUGAUAGAGCUGUAUGAUGAAAACGGCUUUAUUAAAAUAGUCGAAGCAAAUUUUAUUGUGUGGGAAAUCCAUGGCCGGAAUGACUAUACCUUUAAUUAUACUAUGAAGCAGAGUGGUUGUAUAAACGAAGCGCAGACAUUCAAGUCCAUGAUAGAGGAAAACAAGGGCCUCCCACUGGAUGACGUCUGGGGGCCUCAGAACUAUAAGACUUGUUUUUCUUACGCUGUUGGGAAGCCAGGAGACCUAGACCAACCGUAUGAGAUUUUAAACCAUUCUAAUAAAAACCAUUUACUAUGGCCCAUGGACCAUUCCGGAAUGUAUGUGUUUCGUGUGAAAAUCUUGGAUCCAAAUUUUAGUUUCUGUAACCUAACAUCUAUUUUUGCGAUCGAGACCUUCGGAGUGAUUCCCAGCCCAAGUGUCUACCUGAUAGUCGCCUUCCUUUUUGUCUUGAUGCUCACAUUCAUCAGCAUUCUAGUCCUGAGCUACUUCUGGUACACCAAGAUUUACAGACAGUUUAUUUUUGAGCCACUUCACAAGCCUCCUACAAAACUGAAGAAGAAUUAG